GCCCGCUUACAUUUUCUCCACCAGUCGCGGGUGAGACUUCUGCCAAGACGCUCGGAAUCGAAAGUGUGAAAAGUGAAAAAUUGAAGUGAUCACAGGAUAGAUCAUGGCGUCUAUCAUCUUGAUCGGGCUGACUGUGUGUCUAAUUCUGUACAGGAUUUACAAGUACAUGUUCUAUAGGCCGCCAAAUUUUCCACCAGGACCUCCGCGAUUGCCAAUGGUCGGAUCGUAUAUUUUCCUAUUAUUACUCAAUGGCAAGGAUCUUCAUAAGGCCGUUCUCACGCUGUGCAGAUGGUACAAAUCAAAGACAAUUGGAUUUUACGUCGGAAGUCUUCCGGUUAUUGUCUGUAAUGAUUACGAGGGAGUCAAGGAGAUACUGAACAGGAGUGAAUUUGAUGGACGUCUAGACAUCUUCUUGGCCCGCAUGAGAGACCCUAAUUUCGGUCUACGGGGCAUUUUCUUCACGGAUGGACCUUUCUGGAAAGACCAACGCCGAUUCACAUUGAGACAUCUUCGAGAUUAUGGGUUUGGUAGGCGAUUCACUGAACUGGAAAUUGAAGUUAGGGACGAAAUAUGCUUGUUUUUGGAUAUCCUCAGAGGUGGUCCGAAAUACCCUGAAGAACAUAAAAUCAUGAAAAAUGGAUAUGUUUUAGCACCAGAUAUCUUCUAUCCUUCGCUUAGUAAUGCAUUUUUGAAAAUAUUGGCUGGAGAAAAGCUUCCGCGCGACGAACAAGGAAUUCUCUAUGAAAUUGGUCGCAAGGGAAUCCAGUUUCAAGCCGGUGGCGAUGAUUAUGGAAAAUUAUUAAGUGUUAUUCCUUGGAUUCGUCACAUUUUCCCAGAGAAAUCAGAUUACAUUAAUGUGAAAGAAGGCAACGAGGGAAUAUACAAAUUCAUUAAGUCAAUCGUGGACAAACACAUUGAGACGUUCGAUAUUUCACACGAGAGGAAUUUUAUUGAUUUGUACAUUCGCGAAAUGAAAGCCCAAGAGAAAGAAGGCAUCACUGAUCCCGUAUUUCAUUAUGAACAACUCAUUCUCAUUUGCGUGGACUUCUUCUUCCCUGCUUUGACCGCAGUGCCAGUGACUGUUUGCUUCCUCAUACAACGUCUUCUCCUGCAACCCGAAGUCCUUACGAAAAUGCAAAAGGAAAUUGAUGAAGUCGUGGGAAAUGGAAGACUUCCUAGUCUGGACGAUAGGAUUAAUUUGCCCUACGUGGAAUCCUCAAUUCGCGAAAUUAUGCGUUUAGAAACUCUCGUUCCUUCAGCCAUUCCCCACAAAGCCAUGGUGGAUACUAAACUCAUGGGAUACGACGUUCCACAGAAUUCUGGGAUAGUUGCCGGGCUGUUCGCAUUCCACAACGACCCAGAACUCUGGGGAGACCCUCAUGUCUUCCGACCUGAGCGAUUCAUCGGCGACGACGGAAAACUCUGCCUGAAGAAGGACAAAUCUCUGCCUUUCGGUGCCGGAAAACGACUUUGCGCGGGAGAAACUUUCGCCCGGAACACACUUUUCCUCAUGGUUUCCGCCUUGGCGCAGAACUUCAAUAUCAGGCAACCACCGGGCGAAAAGCUUCCCGACCUCUCGAAGAACGACACUGGCUUGAUCACACUCACACCGCAGUUUUGGAUCAAGUUCGAGCCACGCUGAUUGCGGAGAAUCAUAAGACAUGUUUUUUGAAGUCUUGUACAUUUUUUUUAGAAUGGCGUCUAGUUUUUGUUAUACAAAGCU